AUGAAACCGGAGAGUGGACCAUUCGAACUUAUUGGGGGUUCUUUCGACGCGAGUCCAAGCGUGGAAGAUUCGGCUUCAAACGUGCGGCGGAGCUCCAGUACUGGAAACGUCAAUGAGACGUCGGUUGGUCAGGUUCUUCGGAAACCGAAGGUCGACAGUCGGCAUGAAUCAACAAUUGUAAGCGUUUUGGGGGGUUCUGUUGCGCUCUUAUUCGUCAUUUGUCUUUUGGCGAAAGACAAGAAGCUUAUACGUGUUCCAAAAGAGCAAGGUCAUACGGCGGUGGGUGCAGAUGAAUCCUUUUCAGGGGCAACAGAGAUUGAGGAUUCAGCGCAAGAUGGAGCAGCGUAUACAACUUUUGGCAUUCCGAUGGAAGAUGCACAAGAACGAUUGAAUACACUUGAAAAUCUACUUCCACUGGCAGCUAGGCUUGCUUCAGCUAUAAGCUUAAGUGAAGUCCACUCAAGUGAGGCCAAACGGCUUUUGGAAACGUUACAGCAGAAUGUCAAGCCAAGGGGGAAAGCUGAAGAAGGCGUCGAGGACCGUGACACGAUGCAAGUGCGGCUUGACUGUGCUUUGGAUGCCUUGCGCCGUCUGCACCGCGCCGCGCUUCAUGCUGGUGGGGCGCUCGUUAGCAGAGAUGCUGACAUUCAUGCAGUUGUUUUCCCUGUGUCAUACGAACAGCACGAGGAUCUGUCUCUUCUGCUGCAAGAAGACAACGCAGAGCCUGUGCAGACCUUCCUGAAGUAUUUACGCCCUGCUGAGCAGGACGUUAGGGAUCUCUCACAGCGGCUUUCUGAUAUCCAUAUGGGGCUGUCUCUUGAACCUCAGUUAAAGGAUGAAAACGAUGGAGAGUUGCUGUUGUCUGUUACCAAGAAAAUCGAGCAGAUGCACUCGUUGGUCGAAAGGAGGAGACGAUCAAUCCGUAGGGCAGACAUGCUGCGACUAGGGGCCGCCUACGCAGUCAAGUUAGUUUUGCUUAACGCGGUAGAAGAGUCCAUAUGGAGACUUCAGGGAACGUUCGAAGUGGCGCAGGCUCACGCCUCUCUAGUGUUUAAUCGUCACAGUGUAUCAAGCCACAGUGAUCAUCAGGCAGAAUCACCAGUUGGGGAUCGGGAACGCGCAAAUCUUCUCAUGAACAAGCUGGAUGAUAUGGAAACAUUGCAAAAGAAGCUUGGCAGGGAGAUGAAGGCUUUGAUAUCGAGUAUCUCUACAGACGCUGCAAUAGCUGCGUAUGGAAGGGCUGCAAAACUAACAGAAGAAGGUUGGGCCUUGCUGGCGCACUGCUGGGCGUUAGCGAAAGAGCUUGAUAUUCAUUCGUCCAAACUGGACGAUGUUGAUCCUGCAGUAAUAGUGCCCACAGCAAACAAAAUCUGGAGUCGCGCCAAGGCCAAACUAAUUAGUAUAGAUAAAGCUCUAGAUUCUGUGCGGGAGAAGUGUAGUGACACCCUCUCCAGCAGCGCCACAACCCCAGGGGGCCGGCAUCUGAAUACUCGCAUGACAGCUCGCCUGCUAGAGGCCGCAGAUGCAAUUGUAAGGGAAGCAAGUAAGCAAAGUAAGCGAUUCAAGGCUUUCAAGCAGCCUGAAGAAGUGACAGAGUUAAUAGAAGAUUUGGAUUCGCUUAAUCGUGCGGAGGAAGAUCUAAUUCAGCUUGUAGGGCUGAACAGGGAUGUACUACUUCUACUAAUGGCAUACAAGUUGCAGGACGUUGUGGAAGACGAUAUUGAAGAGUGCCAGCGCACCGUUGUAGGCUUGUGCGCACAUAAAUCGAGUCUCUCAGACCAGCACAAAAGCGUUUUAAUUGAGCUUGAAGAGAGCUUCAACAGAAGUUUGAAGGCCGUCGAAGAGGCAGAAACAUUCAAAGAAGCCGCAGCGGCUGCAACACUACUGUGGGAACACGCCGGGGCAGUGGAAGAUUUCUUACUGGAUGUUGGUAUGGAGAAAAACUGA